GAGAGGCUCUGAGAGGCGAGGCCGGGUGAGGCGGCGAGGGUGGCCCGACGGGCGCGGGACAGGACGGGGCAGCGCGGGCGCCGGGAGCCACGGCCCGGAGUCAGGGCGCCUCGCCCUGGGCCCCCCAGCAUGAAGACCCCGGCGGACACAGGGGCCCGGACGUGUGCAGGGCGCGGGGGGGGGAGACUGUCCACGGGGCCGCUAUCCCUGGUUCCGCGCUGCGCGAUCCGGCCCGUGACCUUCACAGUGGCGCGUGUCCCGCACCAGAACGCGCAGCUUUAAGGUGGCUCUAGGGAGACCUGGAUACCCUCCUUCUGCGCCGCUCGGGGCCUGGGGUUGGAGAGGUUGGGAAGGGUUUGCCUUCCCUGACUGGGCCUACAAGCCGGAGUCGUCCCCUGGCUCGAGACAGAUCCAGCUGUGGCACUUUAUCCUGGAGCUGCUGCGGAAGGAGGAGUACCAGGGUGUCAUCGCCUGGCAGGGGGACUACGGGGAAUUCGUCAUCAAGGACCCUGAUGAAGUGGCCCGGCUCUGGGGUGUCCGCAAGUGCAAGCCCCAGAUGAAUUAUGACAAGCUGAGCCGGGCCCUGCGAUAUUACUAUAACAAACGCAUUCUGCACAAGACCAAGGGGAAACGGUUCACCUACAAGUUCAACUUCAACAAACUGGUGCUGGUUAAUUAUCCUUUCAUUGAUGUGGGGUUGGCUGGGGGUGCGGUGCCCCAGAGUGCCCCACCAGUGCCAUCAGGUGGCAGCCACUUCCGCUUCCCUCCCUCAACGCCAUCUGAGGUGCUGUCUCCCACCGAGGACCCCCGCUCACCACCAGCCUGCUCUUCAUCCUCAUCUUCUCUCUUCUCGGCUGUGGUGGCCCGCCGCCUGGGCCGAGGCUCGGUCAGUGACUGUAGUGAUGGCACGUCAGAGCUGGAGGAGCCCCUGGGAGAGGACCCCCGAGCCCGACCACCUGGCCCUCCGGAGCUGGGUGCUUUCCGAGGCCCCCCGCUGACCCGCCUGCCCCAUGACCCUGGAGUCUUCCGUGUCUAUCCCCGACCCCGGGGUGCCCCUGAACCCCUCAGCCCCUUCCCGGUGUCACCUCUGGCUGGGCCUGGCUCCUUGCUACCCCCUCAACUUUCACCGGCUCUGCCCAUGACGCCCACCCACCUGGCCUACACACCCUCACCCACGCUGAGCCCCAUGUACCCCAGUGGUGGUGGGGGCCCCAGUGGCUCAGGGGGAGGCUCCCACUUCUCCUUUAGCCCUGAGGACAUGAAACGGUACCUGCAGGCCCACACCCAAAGCGUCUACAACUACCACCUCAGCCCCCGCGCCUUCCUGCACUACCCUGGGCUUGUGGUGCCCCAGCCUCAGCGCCCUGACAAGUGCCCACUGCCACCCAUGGCACCUGAGACCCCACCAGUCCCUUCCUCGGCUUCAUCCUCCUCUUCUUCCUCUUCCUCCCCAUUCAAGUUUAAGCUCCAGCCGCCCCCACUAGGACGCCGGCAACGGGCAGCUGGGGAGAAGGCUCCAGCAGGCGCUGACAAAAGCGGUGGUUCAGGUGGGCUAGUCGAGGGGGCAGGGGCACUGGCCCCACCACCACCACCACCGCCACCGCCACCACAGAUCAAGGUGGAGCCUAUCUCUGAAGGCGAGUCAGAGGAGGUGGAGGUGACUGACAUCAGCGAUGAGGAGGAAGACGGGGAGGUGUUCAAGACACCCCGUGCCCCUCCUGCACUUCCCAAGCCUGAGCCCGGCGAGGCAGCUGGGGCAGCCCAGUGCAUGCCCCUCAAGUUGCGCUUUAAGCGACGCUGGAGUGAAGACUGUCGCCUGGAGGGUGGUGGGGGUCCUGCUGGGGGCUUUGAGGAUGAGGGUGAAGACAAGAAGGUUCGUGGGGAGGGGCCCCUCACCCCCAGGCGGGUGAGCUCUGACCUCCAACACGCCACAGCCCAGCUGUCCCUAGAACAUCGAGAUUCUUGAGGGCUGUGGGUAGGGGACCUGUGUUCCCCCCACCUUCCCUUACUUUUUUUGCUGCCUUAACCCUACAUUCCCUGGAGGUGAGGGCAGCUCUCUAGUCUCUUCCCUGCCUCCUCCCCAUCCCUUCCCCACAUUUUGUAUAAAACUUUAAUUUCUUUUUUCUUUUUUUAAGUGGUGGGGUGGGGGGGUACCCAGGGCUGGGGGCUGCCCCCUGACUGGGUUGCUGAGCUCUGGGCAAAAUGGUGUUGGGGGGAGGGAGGGGGGAGUUAAGGGGGCCACCUCCAUUCUGAGGAAUUUAUAUUUGAACUGAGGCUGUGGCCUUAACACCCAGGAACUUUUUUAUUACAAUCACUUAGGAAGUAAAGCCUUGUCUCCCUGUUCUCUGCCUCUUGUACCUCUCCCCCUAUGCUUCCCAGCCGUCCUUAGCCCCAGCCCUGCCUUCACUGCCCCUCUGGGGCCAUGAGUGCCUGGGUUUCUCAUACCCCACAAGGUUACAGCAGGGGAGGGAGGGACAAUUUUAUGAUGAACCAAAAAUUCCAUGUUGGGAGGGGUGGGGGGGGCAGAGAAGGGUGAGGGGUGCCGCCCAUGGGCCACAAAUCUUUACAAGUGCCUGCUAUCCCACUCCCUACCCCAAGCACUGGUCCAACCCUUUCGCCCCCAGCUGCUCCUAGGACUGGUCCCUGGACAGGUGGGUGGGGAGAUGGGAAGGGGGUGCCCCGAAACCAAACUGGAAGCCCCAUCUGCCUCCCAGCUGGGGCCCCUGGGGUGUGGUAGGGGGCUGUGGUCAAGCCUUAUUCUGUAUUGGGGACUGAGGGUGUGGGGAGGGAAAUAGGGGGGCUGCUGGAGAAUGUAUUCAAAACAAUAAAACUUUGGACCUUUG